GGUCGGUGUUGCAUGUUGCUCUGAGCAGAUGUGGGCUACUAGGGAAGGGAUGGCGGCGGGUUACAUGCAGCAGUGUUGGGGAGCGGCGGCGCUUGGCCUUUCCCGAGCAGUCCUAAUGAACCGCUUCGCCGCCCUGCGACCACUGAGCAUGCUGCUACCCCCGCAGCCUCGGCCGCUGGUGAUGAGGGUCCGGGGCGUGGGAAGCGACCGAGGCAUGGAGGAGAAUCCCUUCUACGCAAAAUACGGAAACAAGAUCCAGGAGCUACGCAAAUCUAAUCCUGAUAUUUUUGCAACUCGAAUGGCGGCAAGGAGCGAUGAGGAAAAGCAGCCAGUGGGAUACACAAAGCAAGCAGAGUUUGUCAGAUUCAUGGAGGAAAAGGCAGAUGGCUUGGGCAGUAAACCAGCAAAAGGAGGAUUCACAAAAAAUAAGACACUUGAUUCUAUACUGAAUGUUGAGAUGAUGAAACGGAAGAAGCCUGAAGAAAUAAAACAGAUAUGGAAGCAAUAUUUUUCUGGAGAAGAUACAGUUUAUGCUGUUAUUCCUGGGAAGACUUUUGAUUUGAUGUGGAAACGAGCUGAGAACUGCCCAUCUUUUCUGUUUGCACUGCCAAGGAAAGAAGGCUAUGAGUUUUUUGUGGGUCAGUGGUCAGGAGCAGAGCUCCAUUUUACUUCUCUCAUAAACAUCCAGACCCAAGGUGAUGCUGCAACCAGCCAGCUGAUCCUGUACCAUUAUCCCGAGCUUCAAGAGGACAAGGGGAUUGUACUGAUGACAGCAGAAAUGGAUUCUAGGUUCCUGAAUGUGCCAGAAGCUCAGUGCCUAGCCAGCCAGGUGCAGCUAUUUUAUGCAACAGACCAACAGGACACCUACAGUUUAGUGGAAACAUUUAACCAUCAGCCCGAUCAGUUUAAGUACAUGUCUGUAAUUACUGAGCUUGAGAAGAACAGACUUGGGCAAGACCUGAGACCUGAGCAGGAUCCACCAAUGCCUACUGCUUGAAGAGUGCAGCAGCCUCAAGUAGUUGGCAGAGACAUUGAUGAGUGACGGUGUUUGGGCGCAGGUAUUUCUCUGUUGUGGAAAGGGUCAUCCAUGGAAUCUGAUGGGGAGAAGAAUGUCAUCUCGCAAAGUGGGCCAUUCAGGCUGUGGGCCAUGGGGAAUCACCUAAGCAGCCUCAUCUGGCCAAUUUAUGCACUGCUCCCGUAACAUAUUUCUGAAUGGCAGAAGAAGUGGAGAAAGAUGAAAUUCAUUCAGCUAUUAACAUAUAUAAUUGAGUAUUUGAAAUUGCUCUUCCUCACUGUCUAGGACAGUGAAUUUCUACUUUUGUGAAGAUUCAAAUAUAUCUCCUGUUAAUCAACAACAAGAGAAAGAGAGAGUGAACUGAGAGAAAAAGGUGAGUUUCUUACUCUAUGCAGAAAAGUAAAAUUAAUUUUUAAAAAAAUGACAAAUGGAGAAGAAAUGCAAAAUUCAUGUCUUGGAAUCUAUAAAGCAUCACCCAAAAUAGUGGCCAUCUUGGAUCAUGCAGGACUAAAAACAAUAACUGAUUUUUUUUUAAUUAGAGUUUUGUUCUGUUUUGAGUGGCUGCCAUAUUGUGGUAAAUGAUUUCAUUAAUAGCUGUGAUAUAGUGCUUUCAACCCUUAAAGUGCCUUUAUGAGAUACCAUUAAAUUAUUGAAACAACAAAGACUUCAUAGCCUAUUCUCAGCUUUUUGAACAUUAGAACUUUGCUUAUCAUUCAUUUGUGAAAUUAGCUAGACCUCUUCCUUCCCUAUUCCAUUUUGCUCUUCUUCAGACCUAUAUUUGCAUUUGGAAACCUAGAAUGAGAGAGGGGACAAGCAUUCAGUUCAGAAAAUUCCAGGUAUCAUUUAUUCUGUGAUUCUGCAGGUCUGAUAUUACUUUCUGUCUAUACAGACUUCAAAUAGGAAGAAGGUGAACUCGAGAAAGGGCCAUUGGCAUUAAUAAGCUUACUCUGGCCCGAGGAAGCAAGCAGGGAAGGAAGUGUUCUUUUGAUUUAGGGAAUAUACUUUUAAAACCAGGUUAUGAGUUUGACUCACAUACUCUAGUGUUUUUUAAUCUGCUCAGUCUGCAAAGAAAUCCUGUAACUUAAAGUAUGUUACUCAGCACAUAAUCCUGUCUUGAACUUUGAAAUAACUUGCUUAAAUUCUUAUUUUUGUUUCUUUGAAAACCAAAGCAUUACAAUACAUUGAUGAAAACUUAAUGUGAAAAGUAUAAGAAAAGACCCAGUUUUUUUAAAAAAGCCUCACUUUGUUGAUCAUAUAUGGUUUGAUUUAAAUAUGCAUGUAUGAAUAAAUACGGAAAUUGUGGAAAAA